AUGGCUGGAAUGAAAAAUGAAGUUAAACCAUGUGAUAAUUUUUACAAAUAUGCAUGUGGUAAUUGGGAAAAAACAAAUCCAAGUCUAAAUCAAUUUAUUCAUUUGGAAAAAGAAAAAAUGUAUCUAUUAAAAGCAAUUCUAGAAUCAAAUUGGAAUGAAAAUGAUAAUUCAGCAGUUAUAAAAGCUAAAAAACUUUAUCGAGCUUGCAUGGAUACAAAUACGAUAGAAAAACAAGGACUUUCAAGAUUAAUAUAUUUAAUAAAUUUAAUUGGUGGAUGGCCGUUGACAAUGUCUGAUAAUGAAUGGCAAAUAAAAAAUAAAUCAUGUAUUCGAGCUGUGAUUGAUAAUUCAAAUACAUCUGCUCACAUAAUUGCACUAUCAUCACCACGACCAAAACCACCAGCAGGUUUUGUCUCAAUUAUUGAUCCAAUUGACAUGGAUCUUGAGCCAGUUGUUAAUUAUAGAAAUUUAAUUGCAAAUAUUACGAAAAUAAUUGCAAAUAAACAAGGAACAUUUAUUGAUUUAAAUACUUUUGAUAAUGAUAUUAAAGACAUAGUCAAAUUUGAAGUGGAAUUAGAUCAAAUUGCGAUGAUUGAAACAAAGUCAACGACUUCUGAUAUUAAUUGGCUUUAUCGAAUUCAAAAUAUAAUGGGAGUUUCAAAAAUUAAAGUUGAAAAGUCAACAGUUGUUGCAGUAUUUCCAAAACAGUAUUUUACAAAAUUGGCAAAAUUACUUAGUAAAACACCACCAAAAGUUAUAAUUAAUUUGGUGAAUUGGUGGAUGGUUAAGCAGCUUUUGCGUCAUACAAAUAAAGAGAUGUCUGAUCUUGUGAGUCAACUUGAGGAGUUUGAAGGAAUAGAAGACAAACCAAGAUGGUUUUUUUGUACGUCAAUCAAUGAAAUGCAACAUGCUCUUGCAUAUGAAUAUGUUAAAAAAUAUUUUCCAAAUAUAACAUCUAAAAAUAUUGUGAAGGAUAUAAUGCAACAAAUAAUUACUGAGAUGAAAAAUAAUAUUGUAAAUUCAACUUGGUUAGACAAUAAUUCGAGACAAAGUGCUUUAAAAAAACUUUAUAAUAUGAAACAAUUUAUUGGAUAUCCUGACUGGUACAAUGACAGCAAAGCCGUUGCAGAUUUUUACAACGAUCUCAAAGUUGGAGAGAAUCAUUUACUAAAUCAUUUAGCAACUCGUGGAUUUGGUCUCAAAGUAAAUUUAAAUACGUUAAAAGGACCAGUUAAUAAAAAAAAAUGGAUAGCUGAUCCAACCCAAGUCAAUGCCUUCUAUUACUAUCUCGGAAAUGCUUUAACAUUACCAGCAGCAAUUUUACGAGUUCCAUUUUUCAAUGACGAACAACCAGAUGCAAUUAAUUAUGGAAGCAUUGGUAAUAUAAUUGGUCAUGAAAUAUCACAUGGAUUUGAUGAUGUUGGACGACAGUAUGACGAAGAUGGAAAUUUGAGAAAUUGGUGGUCAACUGAUACCAUCAAUGAGUACAAUGAUCGAGCUGAAUGUUUUGUUCAUAAAUUUGGACAAUAUGUGGUGAAAUAUCACAACAUUUCUUACAGAACAGAUCCAAUUAAAACAUUGUCAGAGAAUAUUGCAGAUUCAACUGGAGUUAGAGCUGUUUUUGAAGCAUUCAAAAAACAUUCUGCUGAAUUUCCAUCGAAAAAUAUGAGGCUACCUGGUCUUGAACAUCUCAAUACACGACAACUAUUUUUUCUCUCCUAUGCACACACAUUUUGUGAGGCAAUACCUGCUGAAAAAAUGCUCAAUAUGAUGAUAUCAAAUGUUCAUUGUCCAUCAACAUUUAGAAUAGCUGGAACACUUUCAAAUAUGGAAGAUUUUGCUGAAACUUUUAAAUGCAAACCAGGAACAGUUAUGAAUCCAACAUUAAAAUGUGGCAUUUGGUAUUAA